CGCGUCGGUCAAACACGGUCAUGACGAUAAUAGCCUCUCUUUCACAGCGACCGCCAUGGUCACCGCCGGACCGCUGUCCUCGUCGCAAGCAACGCUUCUCGCCCUUUUCUUCGCCUCUUCCUACGUCGGGUCUCUUUACAUAUCCAAAAAUGCGCGUCUGUCGUUCGUCUCCAAGACUGUCAAGGUGUCGGAAGGCGAGUCCAGGCAGAAGCAAGAGAAAGAACGAUGGAGAGACGAUCCGGACGUCAUUCGGGCGCGGCUGACGGCAGUGGUGUCCUCGACGGUGGUGUCCUGCUUGGUCGUAUACUGGGUGCGGCUGAAAGCGUUUUCGACGGCUAGUGAGGCAAGAGCCGACACUCUCGAGCGACUGGGAUUUACAGCACCUCAUCCCGUGGUCGCCCACUUGAUAACGCCAGUGCUCUUUCUUGGCCCCUUGUUCGCGAUGUCCUUAUACAGAACAUUACCGUUCCAGAAGAUGUUCAACCGAAACAAUAGUGCCUGGAAUGCAUUCUAUUCUAUUAUAGGACUGAGGACAUUUGUUGUGGCACCUCUGACAGAAGAGACUGUUUUCAGGGCAUGCAUGCUCUCCGUCUAUCAUCUAUCGGGCGCGUCGGCCUAUCGCAUGAUAUUCCUCGCUCCGCUGUGGUUCGGCCUGGCACACGUGCAUCAUGCUUGGGAUGCUUACAACCGCUUUGGACGGACCAACGCAGCACUGAAGCGUGCUAUUAUAAUCAUUGCAUUUCAAAUGACAUAUACUACGCUCUUUGGAUUCCAUUGCUCAUACCUGUUCCUUCGAACCGGGUCAAUAUGGCCUCCUAUCACCGCACAUGUCUUUUGUAAUAUAAUGGGGGUUCCCGGGCUGCAACAAGAGUUAAGGCAUUUUCCUUCCAAGACAUUCCUGAUCUUAAUGGCGUAUGUUCUAGGUGUCAUCGGGUAUAUAUCUACGCUGGGCGUAUGGUCUGCGACGGAAAACAGCAUUUAUUGGAGCCAAUCACAGCCGUUGGUUCAACCUCGAUAGAAUGGUUAUAUGUUUCGUCAUUAUGGUGUGGAAUUUAAAAUUUUUCUUUUUU